GGUCAGGAUCGGUUCUAAGCCAUCAUCUCCCCUCUGAACAUCCAAGCGCUUCAAGCAGCAGCUCCCCCCGCCUCCCGCUUUCCCAACAGCAUCUCAUUACCACCACUCGUCCCUGCUCACAGAACUCUCCACGAUGCGUUUCCACAUGGCUUCCGUCCUGGCGCUCUGCCUCACCACGUUCAUCGCAUCCACCGUGGCCGACACUACUCAGUUCGUCUCGCAAAAUGCCGCAGCUCGCGCUGCUGUAGCUGCACGUGAUGCUAGCGCACUCCUCGCUCGCGGGCACCAUGCGCAUCCCCACGCCCGUUCCCUCACACUGGCAGAAGGUCGCAAGUUCCGUGUCCGUCGUUCUACUGCAGCUCAGCGCGAGGCUCAAGCCAAGCUGAAUGCGUACGCUGAGAACCAAGCAGCUAUCAACACCAAGUGGCAAGCUGCAGCGAUGGAGUCUCUCAAAAAGGGCGAAACCCCUCAGACCUUCGAGCAGUUCGCUGCUCAAGAUGACGGAUCAGCCGACGACAGCUCAGAUGACGCGUCCGAUGAGUCGUCUGACGACAAUGACGACGACCAGAAAGCUACGCCCAAAACGAAGCCCAUUCAGGAAAAGGCUUCCGAUUCAAAGCCCGCUCAGGACACAAAGCCCAAGCAGCAAAAGAGCCAGGACACAAAGCCCGAACAGCAUCAACAACAACAACAGCAACAGGUCCAAAAGCCCAAGGCUAGUCCGACAACUCACACCGAGACGCAUGCCUCGUCCAGCUCCGAAUCAACCUCAACUGGCCAAGCAGGCGCCGGCUCAGGCAAACAAUAUUCUGGUGAUGGUACCUUCUAUGCCACUGGUCUUGGCGCUUGCGGCUGGACAAACAAGGACAGCGACUACAUCGUUGCCGUCUCUCAAGACCUCUACAACACGUUCGGCUUGUCCAACGAUUCAAAGGUCUGUGGCCGCAAGAUCACUGCGCACCGCGGCAGCAAAUCAGUCACCGUCACUGUCAGCGACGCUUGCCCUGGCUGUGCCUGGGGAUCGCUCGACUUCAGCCCCGCCGCGUUCAAGGCCCUUGGAACUGAAGACGAAGGUCGCAUUCCCAUCACCUGGACCUUUGCCUAGGCUGUAUGCGGCCUUGGACCAGCAUCUACUCAACUCUACGGGCAAGCGACGCUAGUCGUUGACCUUGUCAAGAGGAGCGAACCGGGUGUUCGCU